CUGUCACAAUAUGGGUUUCAGAGAAAAGGACCCCGAGCUGAAAACUUUCCACUCGAUCGAACCAAUCGCUGCUCGUAUGUCCUUUCAUGGUAAAGUACAUCUAGUCAUGAACACGGAAAUACGCAGCAAAGACCAAGCUACUCUCUGACAGUCACCAUCAGACCAUCAGACCACCAGAUGGACAGGCUGUGUGUCGCUCUGAUUACAUUCUUACGUGCUGUUUCCUCCAGUCAGGAUGGGAUCUCUGCAGCAGAGGUGGAGCUGAGAGUCAGACCAGGAGACAAUGUUGUUCUUCAUUGUGACAUCAAAGACCAUCUGGUAACAGAUUGGCACAGAAACAGCUCCGUUGGGGACGGGAGUCAUUUCAGAAUUUCCAAAUCCAAUCCUGUCCGUCGAUUCUAUUUCCUGGUGCGUUCUCAACAGUUCUAUGAUCUACUGAUAACUAACGUCUCUGAAUCUGACCUGGGACUCUACUACUGUGGGAGCUGGCAGAAACUUGUGGUGAACAAGGAAGGGUUUCUCCAUGACACAGGAAAAGAUGUCUACUACCAUGGAAAUGUCAUCACCAGACUUUCAUUUGAAACUCGUCCUACUGAGCCCUCCUCCCCUGAUAGAGACUGUGGUCUGUGUUGGAUGUUGCUGUUCAGCCUGUGUCCUGUGUCUGCUCUCCUCUCCUCUCUCCUCUCCUCCACCUGUGUCUACUUCUUCUGCAGAACAACAGCUCCAACUGAGACUCAGGAUCCUCUGAACAGGACGACCACCAGGGGAAGUGAGAGCAGAGAGAAGGAGGAAGGAGACCUGUGUUACGCCUCGUUGGAUAUCCGUCAGGGACAGAGGAGACCAAAGAAGAAGAAGACAACCAAGAACUCUGAUUUCAGUACCUACUCAGCCAUCAAUACCAGCAGGGUGUGCGACCUAUACCAGUCAUCAAUACCAGCAGAGUGAGACCUAUACCAGCCAUCAAUACCAGCAGAGUGUGAGACCUAUACCAUCCAUCAAUACCAGCAGAGUGAGACCUAUACCAGCCAUCAAUACCAGCAGAGUGUGAGACCAAUACCAUCCAUCAAUACCAGCAGAGUGAGACCUAUACCAGCCGUCAAUACCAGCAGAGUGUGAGACCUAUACCAGCCAUCAAUACCAGCAGAGUGAGACCUAUACCAGCCAUCAAUACCAUCAGAGUGUGAGACCUAUAACAUCCAUCAAUACCAGCAGAGUGUGAGACCUAUACCAUCCAUCAAUACCAGUAGAGUGAGACCUAUACCAUCCAUCAAAACCAGAAGAGUGUGAGACCUAUAACAUCCAUCAAUACCAGCAGAGUGAGACCUAUACCUUCCAUCAAAACCAGAAGAGUGAUACCUAUACCAGUUAUCAAUACCAGCAGAGUGAGACCUACACAAGUCAUCAAUACCAGCAGAGUGUGAGACCUAUACCAUCCAUCAAUACCAGCAGAGUGAGACCUAUACCAGCCGUCAAUACCAGCAGAGUGAGACCUAUACCAGCCACCAAUACCAGCAGAGUGUGAGACCUAUACCAGCCAUCAAAACCAGCAGAGUGAGACCUAUACCAUCCAUCAAUACCAGCAGAGUGAGACCUAUACCAGCCGUCAAUACCAGCAGAGAGUGAGACCUAUACCAUCCAUCAAUACCAGCAGAGUGAGACCUAUACCAUCCGUCAAUACCAGCAGAGUGUGAGACCUAUACCAUUCAUCCUAUGAUAGGUUAGAGUUAGAUAGACCUAUACACCAUUACAGGGAGUUUGUAAUACUUUAUUUUUCUAUGGAAUAUUUUAAACUUCCAAUCUGAAGAGACCUGAAGUUUUUUAUACGAGUCCUUAAAAAAAAUAUUUUUUUUUUUUUCAUUUGUCUGUUCCCUUUUGGUUAAUGACUAUGAUAAUAUAUAACAUUACGGAUUUUUAAAGGUGGUUCCAUUCCAUUUUUUUUUCAACUGUUGUUUUUAAUCCUAAAAUGUUUCAAUAUUUUUGGGGCAUAAAAGCGGCGGUCAUUUUGGACCCCAAAUGAGUAAUUAUUGCAAAGGGACACUGUAUGUCAAAGCACCUACAUUUUAAAAAAUGUAAUUAACCUUUUGUAACACAAGUAAAUGGUUUCAAUUCCCCCCGAAUAAGCCUUUUUUUUAAAUCACAUUUCUCGUUUAAUUUGAUCUUUCAAAAUAUACGUUUUUUGUUUGUUUUUUCAUGUUUUGAACAUAUAUUUUGAUCAAUUUCAUCCAUAGUCACUUGUUAUGAACAUUUGUCUGUUAUUCAUUCAAAAAUGUUGUGUUUCUGUAGUACUCAGAGGCUGACACACCGGUACAACCUAAUAUGGCCACCGAUAUAGGCGAUACGUGCACCGGGGUGGCUCUAUACCUUUUCAGGUACAUACAAAGAUACAUACAUCUACAGGUAACUGCCAAAAUAAAGGAAACACCAACACAAAGUGUUUUAAUAGGGCGAAUAAGGUUUCAAUAGUUUUUAUGCUCCUCGAACCCUUCAGUAGCCAAUGCUUUCAGUAAGACUUUUGAAUUCCUCAUUUACUCAAAUGUUUCCAUUAUUUUGGCAGUCACCUCGGUACCAAAUGUGGUGCUUUUAUCACAAACUGUACUAUUGAGUUGAAUUUCUUCUUAGUCUGAAGAAGAAGAAAAAUGUACUAAAAAAGCGUAGCUGUAGAAAACAAAAGAGAUUUUCCAUUCCUCCAUAUUAACACAGAAAUCAUCUGUUUUUGUGUUUGUCAUUAACUAGGUGCUUGACAAAGUUCUACAAUUUUAGGAUGAAAAAAAAAUGGGUUUGAAAUUCGGAAAACAUUUUUACUCAUUGGCGUCAAAAUUGACACCUGUUGGCACUUUUUGGGUUAAACUCAGGGAAUAUGAUUAAAUAGCUCUUGUUAUAGUUUUAAAUGUAACUGUUGUUAUUUCAUUGGAAUUUUUUUUUUUUAUAGUGUAUUGAUGUUACAUUACAUUUACAUUUAAGUCAUUUAGCUCUUACACUGAAUAAACAUUGAUUUCAUUAGA